AUGAAAUUUAUCAGUCAGCGUACUCCAUCCUAUUCAUCUGGUAUCAAAACACUCCCAUCAACCAAUUCUACAAAAAAGAAACCUGUAGUGAAAAAUAUGAAAACAUGGGAAAAGCAUCUGAAACCGUGGUCUAUUUGUCUUUGUUUGCUACUGACACUCUUCCUUUUUCUAUGUAUGGUACUGGGUAUUUUUGCUUUGAUCUCUUUACGUAAAAUCACAGCUGCAUCAAUCACGGCUGCGCCAGGUAAUUUGCAUUUCGUUCGAAUUCAGAAGUUUACACAUUAUCUAUUAGGAUGGUCAACAACUAAUAGUUUAAAUACUGCUCAAGUGCAACAUGCAGCAUCUCGUUUAUUAAAUGAGAAAGUACUAGUUUAA